AUGGCAGCUGGUGUAGCGGUACAGGAAAAUAUCAAGGUGAUUCUGGAUUUGAUUAGUGAUGCUUGUAACAAAUCUUCUUUGUCGAAGCGAUGUAGAUUGGUAGCUGUGUCAAAGACGAAGCCAAUAGAACUUAUUGCUGCUUGUUAUGCAAUCGGACAACGGCACUUUGGAGAGAACUAUGUACAG